AUCAGAGGGUUUAUAUUUGUUGGAUUCUUUGUUCAUAUUGAUUAUUUUCGCUUAUAAAUGGUUUGGUUAAAGUAUGGGUAUGCUCUUUCUUGGAGUUUAUCUUGGCUGCUCCGUAUUGGUUGAGUUCUUGGUUUUCCUUCUAUGUUCCCCCACUUUAAUACAAAAACAGCUAGAUAAGAGCAUAAGAAAUUUGCUUUCGCGGUUUCCCUUAAAGCACGAAUUGUUUGGUGCUGCAUUUAUGAAUCUGGGUACAUCUUUGAUGGUACUGCUCUGAAGGAGAGGAUUGAAAGAGGCUUUCCCAAUCCCAAUUAUUUGUAUCUCAGUAUAUCUUGGCUAAAGCUGAUUUGUCUGGUUACCUAGGUAAGAUCAAAUUGAAGCAGGCUCAAAAUUUUUCUUGUAAAAAACUGGAAAGGGGAAUUAUCAUAUUAACUAAAGUUGUGGGUUUUAGCUGCUAGACAGUUGGGACUGCAACACCUGACAAAUGUUUUUGGGCAGUCUUUGGACAGAAGAAGCUACUUGGUGCAAGCAACUGAAGUAUGGCUAACCAUGCUUAUCAAGAAUCAUAUAUUGUUAAUUUGUUAGGAGUCAGUAGCCAACCUUUUUCCUUUCUGGGCCAGAAGAAAGUUGUCCACUUGGAAAUUGUAAUCCCUUUAUAUUGAUUUAACUCUAGACUUCAAAAUUUGAAAGCCAAAAACAGUAUUAGAAUCUUUGCACUUUGAAACCAUGUAGAGGGAAAACUGCAAGAACAAUACACUUCAUUCGAGGUUGAAGAGUGGACCCCGUCUGCCUAGCCGUUGUAAACCCAGCAACGGCCAUCUACCCCUUCUUGUAUAUAAAUUAAAUUCUCUUUUCUCCGAACUCCAAAGCAAAACCCUGAAGCCCGUGUCAGAGCAAUCCAAACAUCAACCCAAAGAUGUCCUCCUCCAAGCUUAGAAGCUCCUUUUCAUUCCCAAAUCUCCUUCUAUCCUGCUUGAACUUUACUCUCUUUAUCCUUUCCGCAACUUCUCUUGCUCCCAUUAUUCUCCUCAAAAUGCCGCCAACCUCCCUGGGUUUAGCAUUCCUGAUAGUCUCCUGCAUCUCCCUUCUCGCCUCCUUCGUGGGCUUCUACUCUCAGCUCUCCCACUUCUGCUUCAUAACCCAUGUUUCACUUCUCAUCGCCUCGUUGAUUGGGCAAGUUCUCAGCAUAUUGGCCUUAUUUACAAGAGAGAGAUCUAGUCUUUCAAUGCUAAAAUCCCCACGGGACCCAAAAGAGGCAAAGCUAUUGGUGAGAGUGGAAUGUGGGAUUUUCAUGGCAAUGUUGCUAAUGCAGCUGGUGGUGUUAGCGCUGACCUGCACGGUCCAUACCUGCUGGGUGCGAGAAUACGAGGGAUUAGAAGCUGAGAGAGAGGCAACAGCCAAGAAAAGGAGCAGAAAGAUAGCAAGAGUGCAAGAGGAAUCCAUGGCAAAUGCAGCGAAAAUUGCUGAGAUUAAAGCCAAGGAGUUUGAUGAGAAGAUGAAGAGCAAGUAUUGUCACAGGGUGAAAACCGAUUUUGAAGGCUAAAAAGAACAUCUAGUCAAUAAUCAUUGUUGAUUAUUUCGUUUCCUCCUUGGGGGUCACUACUGUAGUGGCCACUGUAUUUGUAUCGCAGACCCUAUAUCUUCUCACCAUGGUUUUUUCUGUGUAAUUUACGACUGUAUAACAAUCGCUAGUUUGCAUUUAAACCUUU